CGCCGUCCGUUCGUUUUUUGGCAGUAGUGUUCAGUCAGCAUGUCGCAACAGAAGCAAAAAUUGCAGGAGUCCAAUCCGAACGCCAGGUGGCGCCUGCAAGGACAUCAUAGGGGUGCCAUAGCCUGUUUCUUCGGUGAACUUGUGGCCACAGCCCUGUUUGUGUUCGUCGCCUGCAUGGGUUGUGUGGAAUCGCCCGCCUUCCCCAACUCGCACUUCCGCAGCGGCCUGACCUUCGGCCUGGCCAUCCUCAUAGCCAUCCAGUGUUUCGGCUCUGUGUCCGGAGCCCAUCUCAAUCCGGCCAUUACUCUGGCCGCCCUGCUGUACGGUGCGAUCGGUUGGAUCAAGGCCAUCGCCUAUUUCGUGGCCCAGGCGGCAGGUGCUCUCAUCGGCUAUGGUCUUCUGGUGGCCAUUCUGCCGGGGAGUUCCAUCAAGGGAGUGGACAGUCCGGCGGGCGCGUGUGUGACUGUACUGGCGUCUGAAAUCAGUGUGCUUCAAGGUGUCUUCAUUGAGUUCCUCAUCACCUGCUGCCUCGUGAUGGUGGCCUGUUCGGUGUGGGAUCCGCGAAACGUCAAGCUGCAGGACUCGGUGCCCGUGAGAUUUGGCCUGACCGUUUCCUGUCUGAUCCUUACAGCGGGCCUUUUCACGGGAGCCAGCAUGAAUCCCACGAGGUCCUUGGGUCCAGCUGUUUGGAACAACUCCUGGUCACACCACUGGAUCUACUGGGUGGGUCCUUUGGUGGCAGGUGCUGUGACCUCGCUGAUCUACAGGAUGGCUUUCAAGGGCGACGAGGAGAUCGAUCUGAGAAGUUCCGAUGCCAAGAUCCGCAUGAUCGGAGAAGUUGUAGUAGAAUAAGUUAUUGUACAUUAACUAGUUGUACUAAUCGAAUCUUUACGAAAUAAAUACUUUGUAACUACCUACUUUA